AUGGCACUCUCGGCAGCAGUGAAGCUCGCAACAUCUAUGUAUUCGCCUUGCGGAAUACACUGGGCCUUGAAACUCAUCUUCUAUGCGGAGGAAAUGGAUGUCGGAGUCAAUUGGUCGAACCUGUUCAGCCCGGUCAUCGAGGGCGAUAACAUAUCCCUCGGAGGAGUUCUCUUGAUGAUGAUUUCAUCCUGGUUCCUGUGGAUGCUCCUCAUCCUCUACCUGGAUGCGGUGAUCCCCUGGCAAUACGGCAUGCCCAAGCCCCCUCUGUUCUUCUUGCAACAUUCGUAUUGGUUCCCGAAGACGACUGUGAGCGACAAGUUCGAAUUAUCGGAUUUCGAGGGUUCUCCGAACAUGGCUUCAGACAUGGUCGAGAGAACGGAUUCCAAGAAUGUCGUGAUACGCCUCGAGCGGGUCACCCACAACUUCGGGCAUGUUCGCGCCGUGGACAAUGUCUCGCUAGAUCUCUACGGCAACCAAAUUACUGUCUUGCUCGGUCACAACGGGGCGGGCAAAACGACAGCCAUGAAUAUUCUCACCGGUCUUUUCCCUCCAACCCGAGGAGAUAUAUUGAUCAAUGGCUACGACGUACGGAAGAACACGAAGAAGGCCCGUGAAGGUGUUGGACUCUGUCCGCAGCACAACGUUCUUUUCGAUGAUCUCACAGUGGAAGAGCAUCUAAAUUUCUUCUCAAUGCUUAAAACUUCGAAGCCGAACGCUUCCGAAGUGACGGUUCUCUUGGAAAAACUCGAACUGAUCGGUAAAGCAAGUACUUUGUCGAAGUCUCUCUCUGGAGGAAUGAAGAGAAAGCUCAGUUUGGCCAACGCGAUGGUGGGAGGCAGUCCGAUACUGAUUCUUGACGAACCAUCGUCGGGCUUGGACCCGGAAGCGAGGAGAAAAGUUUGGGACCUCUUGCAGCAAGAAAGAACCCGAAGGACCAUCCUCAUGACAACCCACUACAUGGAGGAGGCAGACGUGCUUGGUGAUCGUAUCGCUUUCAUCGCCAAAGGGAAACUUAUGUGUGCUGGAUCGCCAAUGUUCCUGAAAAGAAAAUUCGAGACUGGAUACAAACUCCGAGUGACGAAGAUUGACCAGAACCUCGAUCCUGAGUCCAUCGUUUCGGAGAUCAAGUCCUUGCUGCCUGAGAGUGCGGACAAGAUCCAUCUUGUUUCUGACAUGUCCUACGAGGCGGUCAUCAACAUUGGAUUCCCUGGUUCCGUGCAAAUGGUCUCUCUGUUCAGGCAGCUCGAAGACAACCAACAGCAGCUCGGGGUCGAGAGCCUCGGGGUUUCCGUCACUACGAUGGAGGACGUGUUUUUGAAAGUUGGUCAACGGGAAGAGGAUCUUCCGGUGAAGGAGGAUCAGGGGAAAGAAGCGGCGGUGGACGUCUUCGAGUCUUUCCCGAGGUUCGAACGUCUGAGAGGUCCAUCCCUGCUUUUCCGGCAGAUGGCUGCCCUUCUUCUAAUGAGAUUCCACAGCUUGCGCCGUGAUUGGAAAAUCAUCGGUUACAUGACCCUGUUACCGAUCAUUUUCUCGAUUGUGAUCGCGAUCAUCCUCAUACCCGGCGGCGGGGUCAUCCGGUCGAAUUCCAUCACCUAUGACGCCACGUCACUUUUGAAAGACCCAAAAGGUUUUCUCGCGGGAGAUGCCCAAGAUUCCGUGGGAGAUCUCUUCGAGGAGCGCCUCCAGAAGGCCAAAGUCAGGAUGGAAUCCUUGAGCACCCUCAGAACUAAGAGUGCUUUGGACGACGCAUUUCUCGAAAGGGCGGACGAAGAUCCCACGGCCUACAAAUUCCACACGUACGCUGGUAUGCUCAAGGGGUCGAACAGCAUCUAUUUCAACGGACAGCCUUACCAUGUUGGUGCCGCCGCUUUGGCGGAUUGGCAAGCCGCGCAACUGAAGAAACUGACCGGCGAGGACAGCUACACGACCAUCGAGAAUCACCCCCUCGAUGCCCUAUCGUAUGUGAAUCCAGUCCAGGAAAAAGCGCAAGGAAUUCGUCUACUCCUGGGCGUCUUCACGGGUCUGAUAUUUUCUUACGCAUCGUGUGCGAUAAUCAUCUUUCCGAUACAGGAACGCGUCAGAAAAUCGAAACUGAUUCAAAUCAUGUCCGGAGUCAAUCCCCUCGUUUACAUCGCGUCAAACUUCGCCUUCGACGGAUUGAUGAUGUUGAUAUCGCUGCUCCUUUGCCUCUUCGUCUUCUUAUGCUUCAACUCACUAGGCGCUCUGACCACGCUCGCCGAAACGAUGCCCGCGAUGUUCCUGAUCUUCGUUGUGUUCAUAGUCGCCUCAACACCGUGGGCCUACGUAUCGUCCUAUCUUUUCACCAAUUCGAGCUCAGGAUUCUCGAUUUACCUGACGAUAAAUUUCGUCGCCACUCUCCUUGCGAGCGUACCUCUGGCCAUUCUGGAAAAUUUGCGAGCUCAAAUUGAGGGCAAGGCCGACCCCUAUCUCUACGUGCUGAGCUUCUUUCCGGUAUUUUCCGCUUCGUGGAGUUUCGCAACCGUUUAUCGGAAUGGUUGCGUGAAGACGGUGUUCGAUGCUGUCGGUGCAGAGAAGCUCUGCUCAGCGGACUACCGAGCCGAAAUUAUAUCGAAGUUCUGCGGUCAGUGUGCCGAUGGAUUCUGCUACAAGUCACAUUCAGUGUUCGACAUGGAUAUCUACUUCGGAAUCGGCUUCCAACUCAUCUCGCUGACCUUAAUGGGUCUGGUUGGUUUGCUCCUGCUUAUUCUGAUCGAAUUCAAUUCCCGGAGGUUCGUCCAUAUGGCCGAUUCCAUCAGCAUCAAAAAGCUAUUCUCGUGUUCGAGGAAUCAAGAGAAAAGUGAAGAUUUCGGGGAGGUUCAAGAAGACUCGGCCGUCAAGGAAGAGCGCCAAAUGGUCCAUGAUUUGGUCACCAACAACAACAUUCGAUCUCAAGCACUCGUGGCCAAAGAUAUAAGCAAAUAUUACGGAAACUUGAGAGCUGUGAACGAUGUUUCGUUCCAUGUAAAGAAAAAUGAAUGUUUCGGUUUGUUGGGUGUGAACGGAGCGGGAAAAACCACGACAUUCAGCAUGUUGACCGGAGAUUGUAUGAUGAGCAGAGGCAACAGCUAUAUUCAACACACGGACGUUCGUUCGAAGGUCCAUGCCUACCAAGAGUUCAUCGGCUAUUGUCCGCAAUUCGAUGCGCUCGCUGAUCUCCUAACCGGGCGGGAGAUCUUGUCGCUGUUCUGCGGUCUGCGAGGAGUUCCGACAGGCGUAGAGAACACCGUGAUCGACUUCAUGAUAACCAUGGCUGACUUGAGACCGCAUAUCGAUAAACUCAGCCAAUCGUACAGUGGCGGAAACAAACGGAAACUGUCGCUUGCCAUCGCGAUGAUCGGCAAUCCUUCAAUUUUGUUCUUGGAUGAACCCUCCGCCGGAGUAGAUCCUGGAGCGCGCCGGAGAAUCUGGGCCACCCUCGUUCAAGCUCAAAAAGAGUUGAACUCAUCGGUGUUGCUUACGUCACAUUCGAUGGACGAAUGCGAAGCUCUCUGUCAUCGACUGGUCAUUAUGCUCCGGGGGACUUUCCGAUGUCUCGGAUCCAGUCAGCAAUUGAAAAGAAGGUACGGUCAAGGUUUCACGGUGCUCAUCAAGACCAAAGCAUCAGAAGACGAUCAAGCGCAUCUGGUACAGAGUGCAAUGCUGCAUCUGUUCGGAGACCAGUGCGAGCUCAAGGGCAGCUACCAAGUGAGUUCUGUUUUUGGACACGGGCAUUGUCUCUUGCAGUUUCAUGUCAACGAUCAGCGGCUCCGGUGGAGCGAGGUGUUCGAGCGCAUCGAGAAACUGCGUGAGAGCCCCCAGCUGCAACUCGAAGACGUGCAAGUGUCCGACACGACACUGGAGCAAAUUUUCCUGAAUUUCGCGAAGGAGCAUGCCGUCGUGUCUCCCGCACAGAACUCAUCCGUGUGAAAGUUCCACUGACGAUGAGCUCCGCUAUACUGACUGAGACCUAUCGCAGUACCGAAAACGAACGACGAAGUCCAUAUUCACCGCAGAGAUUAUACUCACACUGUCUUCUAGUCCGACUUUCGAGAAUCAGCUGGUUCGCCGCACCUAAGUCGGCAUGGACAUGCCGCGGAAGCUCCUCUCAUGGUUCUCGAGACUUUUCCAUCUAUCUAACCCCCGCGGGAGACUCUCCUGAAUUGACCGCGGAGAUGUCGCGUAUCGCAGAGCCUUCGAGAACAGCAUAAGCGGAUAUUUCAAUGACGAGUGAGAGUCUUAAGCGCAGCCAGCCAUGUGCGUUGUAGGGAUGUGAUAAGUUCGAUGUGCCAAUGUGAUAUGAAGAUAAAUUAUUUC